AUGAACACAGUCAAACAGUCCCAUAGUUCACCUACUGACCAACUCGAUGACUCCCAGAAGCCGCAUGCACCAAAAUCUACCUCAGCAUGGACGUGGCUGAACUUUCUGGGUGAUGUAUCAAAAUCCGAAGUCGAUGUUUUACUUCUCUCCAUGGCAUUCAAGUUUCUCCUGUUCCCAGCAUAUCGCUCUACGGAUUUCGAGGUCCACCGAAACUGGCUGGCCAUAACACAUUCACUUCCUAUUUCUCAAUGGUAUUACGAUACAACUUCUGAGUGGACGCUGGAUUACCCUCCAUUCUUUGCAUAUUUCGAGAGCUUGAUGUCCAUACCCGCUUCAUUCAUUGAUCCCAAGAUAGUUGACCUCCAAAAUCUGCAAUAUGAUGCAUGGACAGUCAUUGCGUAUCAACGUCUAACCGUCAUUAUCUCUGAGCUUGUCCUUGGUGCAGCACUUCUGAGGUUCAUCCGUGUUUCUGUUGAUCCCUCUCGUCAACGAAUUCUCUCUGCGUCCUUGUUUCUUCACCCAGGGUUCCUUAUGAUUGACCACAUACACUUCCAAUACAAUGGGUUUAUGUUUGGAAUAUUGCUAUGGUCGAUCUUAAUGGCUUGCGAAGGUAGAAAACUGGCGAGCGGCAUACUUUUUGCCGUUCUUUUGAAUUUCAAACACAUCUACAUGUAUCUGGCGCCUGCAUACUUUAUUUACCUUCUGCGGUCUUAUUGCAUGUCUCCCGCCGGGGCGAUUAUUCCCACACGCUUUAUCUCAUUAGCGAACUCUGUCCUGCUUGUGUUCCUAGCCUCUCUAGGACCAUUCGUAUUGAUGGGCCAACUCCCGCAACUCCUUUCUCGCUUGUUUCCUUUUACACGUGGACUGAAUCACGCUUACUGGGCACCAAAUGCGUGGGCCUUGGUCACUGCCGCAGACCGUGUCCUUUUGCAACUGGUAAAACAUCUAGGUGUGGAACUCGUAGUGAAUGAAUCUGGUAUUGCAUCGACGUCUCGCGGCCUUGUAGGCGAUACGGUCUUUGCGGUGAUUCCAAAUAUCAAGCCUAUCCACACGUUUAUCGUCACAAUAAUAUUCCAGAUGGUUUAUCUCAUUAAGCUAUGGAGCGCGCCAACUUACAAGUCGUUUGUGGCUGCCUUGACGCUUUGUGGUUACGCUUCAUACAUGUUCGGGUGGCAUGUGCAUGAGAAAGCCAUUCUGCUCGUAUUAGUGCCUCUCACGCUUCUGGCCUCGGAGAACUAUGCGUAUUACAAGACCUUCGUUAUCGCAAGUGUCGCGGGUAUCUUCUCCCUCUUCCCCUUGAUCUUUACGCCAGCAGAGACUCUGCUAAAAAUUGUGUAUUCCUUCAUAUGGGGAGGGAUGAUAUUAUACCCCCUCCACAAGCAGCUUUACGAAUUUCCUUCAUCACUGCCCUGGGUACUGUUGGAGAGCUUUGAGAAUGCAUAUCUUUAUGGUUUUGCAUUUCUCCAAGCUUUCGUCACCCUGUUCCCUCUCAUGACUGGCGGGAAUCCAGACACUGAAUUUUUGCCCCUGAUGGCGACAAGUGUUUACUGCGCGGUGGGACUGAUAUGGUCAUUUAUCCGGCUCAGUACUCUAUACAUUAUACAGCAGUACUAG